CCGCGAAGAAGAACAGCUGGCUGUGUGAAUUUGAAGCGUAGAAGAAGAUAGACGGACUGUAUCCAAGUGUCAACAUAAUCUAAAAAAUAUAUAUAUAAUUAAUAUGAGAUCGCUCAUAUUUAAAUAUUAUAUUUCUUCUUUCUACGUACUUUAAGUAUGUCGAGGCUUUCCUCGUUCUUUCGCUGCGUAUACAACAGCCUCGCGAGUGGCGUGACGCGUCACAACUCCUCCGGUGUCUCUUCAGUGUUGAAGCCGGCUCAGAGUGGACCUACCCGGGUCGCGGUCGCCGGAAAGAAACACCUGGUCCCCCUGGUCCCCCUGGAGGAAGACGAGCUGGAAGAGCAGUUCGUGCGGGGCUCUGGACCCGGGGGACAGGCCACCAACAAGACCAGCAACUGCGUGGUGCUCAAGCAUAUCCCCUCUGGGAUUGUUGUCAAGUGCCAUCAAACCAGGUCGGUGGACAUCAAUCGGAAGCGAGCGCGGGAGAUAAUGCAGCAAAAACUGGACGUUUUCUAUAAAGGAGAGCGCAGCGACAUCCUGGUUAAGAAGAAGGAGGCGGAGGCCAAGAAACAAGACAAACGCAGGAGAGCCAACGAGAACUUGGAGAGGAAGAGACUGUUCAAAGAAGGCCUCCUAGUCCAGGCCGCUCCCGAGAACGACUCUGUUUGAAAUCGCUA